GGCACUUUCUUAUAAAUGAAGCUUGGUUACCCACUCGCAGCUCAUUUGCCGGUCCACCCUCCGCACACGGAGGGAUCGAUUCGCGAGAACGUUCCGGUUCUGUCUCUCUCUCUCUCUCUCGUGUAUUCUCAUCUUACUUCCUUCUUCUCUUUUAAUUCCCUUAUCAUCGGAUUCUUGCACGGCCAGUUCAACACUGAUUGCAAGCGCGGAUUCUUCCUGAUCCUUCCUGGAGAUCUCUCGGACUUUAUCAAGGAUACGUAUCAAGCAAAAAUGUUUCAUUCGGUAAUGCAAAAUGUGGCGUUUCUUUACAAGCCUUAUGCAUUGGCUAUAUUGUCGAUCGGCUAUGUCCUAGCAGAAUUGGGUCAUUUUAUAAUAGGUGUAACAAGCAAAGAGAUCGCCGAGGACCUGCAUUACGGCGAUAUUUCCUGUCAAUUUAAUUCGACGACGCUGUGGCUAAUUGAUCUUCCGGUGCAAUGCGAAACUGCGGACAAUUCCACCUACUGCGAGUCCCUGGAAUUGAACGGAUCUCAUUACUGCGAAUGGAAUUACAAUGGCCUUGGUCUGGACUAUCAAAUCCUCGCGGGGCCUAGCUUCAUCGCUAUCUACACGAUCGUCGGUAUUAUCUUGGGCAUUGCGGCUGACAGAUAUAACAGAGUGAGGCUGCUGACGGUUUGCACUCUGAUAUUCAGCGUCGCGAUCUUCUUGAGCGGAGCGGUGAAGGAAUACUGGCAGCUUCUCAUUCUACGAAUGGUCCUGGCGGCAGGGGAAGCAGGAUGCAAUCCAAUGGCGACUGGUCUUCUGUCCGACUGGUUCGAGGAAGAGCAACGAGGCCUCGUCAUGUCCAUUUUUAAUUGGGGAAUUUACGGUGGUUACGGCAUCGCCUUUCCGAUCGGUCGCUACGUGCCCAAAUUAAACGCCUGGGAUCUCGGAUGGAGAGUCUGUUAUUACGGUGCCGGCGUGAUCGGUUUAAUCAUCGCUGUCUUCACCGGUCUGACGCUCACCGAACCGGAGAGGAAGAUGAUCGGCGAGGAAGCCAAUAUCGAUGGGACGCAAGUAUCGAUUUGGAAAGCACUACUGCAACCGCGCAUUAUUCUCUUAUGUCUCGCCGCCAGCAUCAGACAUUGCGGUGGCUUGUGCUUCGCUUACAAUUGUGAUCUAUACUACAGGGAUUACUUCCCGGAUUACGAUCUCGGUUGGUGGCUUUUCGCCGUCACGAUCGUCAUUGGUAGCAUCGGUGUCGUGAUCGGCGGGAUAAUUAGCGACAAAUUUGUGGCGAAAAUGGGAAUUAGAUCACGCGUAAUUUGUUUGGCGGUCAGUCAGUUAAUCGCGACGCCGUUUGCAUUCGGUUCGGUAUACUUUAAUCCUCUUUGGGCUAUGAUCACAUUGGGAAUCUCUUAUUUCUUUGCCGAAAUGUGGUUUGGAAUACUCUUCGCUAUCGUAGUGGAGAUCGUUCCUUUAAAUCUGCGAUCCACCACCGUCGGCGUUUUUUUAUUCGUCAUGAAUAACAUCGGUGGAAAUUUACCGAUACUCGUCGAACCCACCAGAAUGGCCAUUGGUUUCCGGGAAUCAUUAUACAUUUAUUAUGCUGGCGCCUAUGGCAUCAGUUCUAUUAUGUUCUUCCUCACUAUGUUCCUAAUGGAUGUCUCUACGGAGGUGGAGAGAAAAGUAGACAGAGAGGUGGAAAAGACCGCUUCGCCAGCAUACGACAAUAGCACAUUUACUAACGACGAUGGCCAAUUGUCAACAUUGGAGUUACCGCGGUUUCCGGCACGACCGCCGAUCUAUGAACAUUCUCGGUUAUGAGCCGCGAAGAGCUGUUAGUCUAAAGAAUAAGCUGUAAAUAGUACUUUGAGCCGUGUAUAAACUAAGUACAUAUCGCGUAGCUUAUGACGAUAACAACAAUCCAUUAACAUUAACUAGAAAUCAUUUUCAAGAAAAACGCAAAGAGAAAUAUCGAAAAAUAUAAUAGCUUUUUUCACGAUGAAAAGAAUAUCAAAUGUAUUUUUUUUUUUUUUUUUUGCAUUUUUCGUUAAUCGUUGAUUAAUGAAAAUUGAGUUAAAGUUCCUCGCGUCGAACUAAAACGUGUGAAAUUGUGCGAGGGCGCAAUUUACCAAAUAAUAGCUGCGAUAAUUAAGACUUCCAUUUUGUUUAAAUUUAAUGCGUUACAAAAUACUUGUGACAUGUGGCACAAAGUAUUAUUACGUAAGAUAAAGAAUUUUUUUUACAAAAAGUUUGAUAAAUUUCGACAAUCUUCAAGGUGCGUUUUGCUUCUAAAAUAGAUAUUUGUAAUAAAAGCGUAAUAACUUGUAGUUUUCACAAAAAAGAAAAAACAUCUGUAAAGAGAAUUAAAGUAACUACGAUUUACGCGUUUUAAGCAUCUAUUAGGAAACGGAUUGGUCUAGGUAUGGCGCAAUAUGUAGUUCAUACAUAUGUACAUGCACAGACUCACCCCAUCUCGAUUGCCUCUCGCAAAAAAAUAUUUUAUUGAGAAAGUCACAUAAAUUAAUUAAUAUUAAGUGGCGAUUGGUUUCGUGUUAUCACAUGUUAUAGACAGCCUGUGUUGAGUUCACCAUGACGGAUAAUACCAAACGGUAAUGACAAUACAUCAUACAUUACUACAGACCACUUGUACACAUUGAUGAAGUUCUACACACACAGGAUACGAAUAAUUCUACGUACAGAAUACAAACUAGCAAUGGUGAGAUUCGCCGUCCUUUUCUCUCUAUAUGUACAAAUUGUUUAAUAUAAAUAUAAAUGAGUAUAUAUGUAUAUAUAUGUAUAUUCGUAAUGUACAAAAAUAAUAAUUAGAGGAGCGGUGUCUUCGACGGGGCACGAGAAUUUUGUCAUGAAAUGCUGUGUACAUAUCUACAUAGAGUCGUACAAUACACGCGCAUACGACGCAUUCGAAUAAAUAAUCGUUCAAAAAUGUA